CUACACUUGCUUCCUCACGAGAGCUUUCACUUUUAAAGCGAGCAGGAACGUGCUGACUGGGUGCUUGGUAGGUCUUACGGAAAUACGGUGGACACGUCCUGCCAGUCACGGGCAUCCCGUGCCCCCGGGCAGGACGGUGGCCAGCGUGAGCCAGCUUUGCUUUAACGCCGCAGGCCAAAUGUUGAUCAUUGAUCAGGACGCGCAAGAGCAAGCGGCAGUCUUGCCAUAACUUACAGGGCUAUGCUUUGCCUUCGAACACAUCGCUACCUGCCAGCGUCCUGAGCGGUAGUGCCUGGCUGUAAGGCUGACUGAAUUUGUUGUGCUUCUCUUACAGGUGGUGGCUCCCUAGGCAACCAGAGUGUGAUCAUGGCAGCCAAGGCUUACAGCCCUUCUGAAGGGGGCCUUCUGCCUCCAUCAGUAGGCCUAGUCCUUACUCACUUGAAUAGCUCCGAUAAGCUAAGUAGAUCCUACCCCUGGGCCCGCAAAAGCAGGAAAAGUCAGCUUUCUGAACUCUGCCGGCUUAAAGCAUCUCUGUGUGGGGAGAAGUGGAACUCCUACUGUUUGUCUUCACUGGCAGCUCGUAACAUUUGUACCAGCAAAAGUGGUAACUCAUGGGCUCGGUGGGAUUCUGCCUCUCGCUCCACUUUUGUUGGAAGUUCUGCUUCUUGCUCCUUUUUGCAUGCCCUCACUGUGGAGGAAUCCAGCCAGCACCUCUCAACUGCUGCACGCAAUCCAAACAAAGCCAUCUUCACUGUGGAUGUCAACACAACAGAGAUCCUAAUGGCUAAUGACAAAGCCUGCAAGCUGCUUGGGUGUAGCAGCCAGGAACUCAUUGGUAAAAAGCUGUCCCACUUGAUAUCCAAAUCCAGUCAAGAGGUAUGGGAAGCAGUGGGUGAGGAGUACAUAGAAACAGAAGAAAGUUCACCGGUGGUUUCAGGAACUGUGGUAGAUAUUGUAGGCCGUCUCAACGAGAAGAUCCCUGUCUCCGUCUGGCUGAGGAAAAUAAGAAGCAAGGAGAACCCGUGUUGUGUGGUUGUACUGGAACCAGUUGAAAGACUUUCAGCUUCUGUUUCCUUCAGGGUUGAUGGAAAGAUUACAUCAUGUGACCUUCUUUUUGCACAUCUCCAUGGCUACCCAACAUUGGAAGAAGUAGUUGGGCUACACAUAAAGGACUUGAUUCCUUCUGUGCAGAUACCUCCUCUAGGCAAAAAAAUCCCAAAGAACCUCAGGAUCCAGCAGGCUGUAGGCCAGUCCAGAGAGGGUAACAUGUUUCCUCUCAGUUUAAAGCUGCAAGUAAGCCUUCUGGAGGAGAGCCAAGUAGCAGAACAGAAAGAUGGUGUUCUGCAGACGGAAGAAGUUGGCUCUUUCACAGGCGGUCAUUACUCUGCUACAGCUGUGGUUUUCUCCACCAUCAGUGGUCUUAUUACUGUCCAGUCAGAUGGAACCAUCUGUGGCAUCAAGGAUAGUUUUGCUUUAAUGCUGUUUGGCUAUGAGAAGAAAGAACUGUUGGGAAAGAACAUUAUGUUCCUGAUCCCUGGUUUCUAUAACAACAUGGAGAGAAGCAGCGGUUGUUCUUUGCUGUUACCUCGUCUUGACGACUCCAGAGGGACAGAGAGUGAGUGCAUCUUUGAAGGUGUUACUGCCUGCCAUACAAAUGGCUCUGGCUGCUGUGACAAAGACAGCAGCUUCUUGGCUGCAUCUUUGGCAAGCCUACCCUCAAGAGAUGAAGAGCAGAAAUUGAAACAUAGACACAAAGACAACAAAUUAAUACAUGACGAGACUAAACAAAAGAAUGGGACUAACUUCUUUUCUACUCCCUCACCUCCUGAAAUGGUAUCCACACCUUCUAACAGGCUAGAAGACAAUCUAGGUACUGCAUCCUAUGGCCUGGUUAAGCUGCCUGCUGAUGUUACUUGUAACUCACCUGAAACACCAACAAUAGAUGAGCCAUGGUCUGGGACCACAGUGGACUGCAGACAAGACUUCCAAAGCCACAUGGUUAAAGGGCAGUUGUCAAAACCAAACUUGUAUGAUGCAAAACAUGCCAGCCUUGAGCACGUUGUUGUUGAAAACUGCCUGCUAAAUGAUGCUUCAUCCUUCUUUGCAAACGGAACACACACUAUCCAUAAUGUUUGCUCAGGAAAUAAAAUGGGUUGCAGUGCUUCUGCACCAGGAGUUGCCACAACCUCUGAAGAUGUUAAAGAAUCAGACACUGAGCUGAACUGUGUUUGCUGUGGUCUUGAGGUACUGAAUCUGAAUGCUGAUGUCAAGGGGAACUCCGACAAUCGUUCAGGUAUUACUGCAGCUCCUGUAAGAACAUCUUUCUCUAAUGCAGCAGACUCAGCUGUGGACUAUAUGCGAACUCCAAGUAACAGUGCCUUUUCAACAGGGCAAGAAAAGGAUCUGUUGAAUGGUGUUGCUGUAGAAGAUGGUUCUGGGUUGCUGGCCUCCCAAAGGCAUUUAGAAAACUCUGAAGAAUCCUCAAAAGUGUUUCUUGAGAAGCCAGAAACUCUUGUACAAGAGCCCAUGGGUGACAACAUCAACAGAAACAUACUGAAGGGCAAAGGUAGUCCUCAAGAAGACUGUCAGUUGCAUGGCCAGCAAAAUAUGGCGAUAAAAGUAACAUCAACCCCGGUGAGACAAGAAGGAAGGCUGAAUCCAGCAGAUCCUUUGACCUUGGAGAUUCUGGAAGGCAGCUACACUGGGAAUUGCCGUCACAGAGAUGGUUCACAAUUAAGUAUACUCUUUGAAGUGAAACAGGUAGAGCUGCAGGACCCUACCGUACUUUUCUGUGUCUGGGUGGUGAAAGACCUUCUACAGAGCCAGAAGGAAGUGGUAGCAAAGACUCAGCUUUUGCUUUCCAGUCUAGCAAGCUCUGCUGACUCUAUUGCCGAUCUUUCCACAAAUAGUCUUGGAGAAGCCAUCAGAUCAACUUCAUUGUUUGAGAAUUCUCGAAGAGCUGAAGAUCUUGCAGGAUUAAGGGCAUGUGAGGGAGAGUACGCAAAAAAUUACAACACUCUCAGUCUAAUUGGCAAAGGGUCUUUUGGCUUUGUGUGGACUGCCAGGAGCAAGAAAGAUCACCAGGAGGUUGUCGUAAAGUUCAUCUGGAAGGAGAGGGUGCUUGAGGACUGCUGGGUAGAUGAUCCUGAUCGAGGGAGAGUUACGCAAGAAAUUGCAAUCCUGUUGAAGCUGCGGCACCCCAGUAUCAUUAAGGUGCUGGACGUAUUUGAAAAUGAACACUUCUUCCAGCUGGUGAUGGAGAAGCAUGGGUCUGGUCUGGAUCUCUUUACAUUCAUUGAUAAUCAGCCCAACUUGGAUGAGCCAUUAGCGAGCUAUAUAUUCAGACAGCUUGUGUCAGCUGUUGGGUACCUCCACUGUAGAAACAUCCUUCACAGAGACAUCAAGGAUGAAAACAUUGUCAUUGCUGAAGAUUUCACAAUCAAAUUAGUAGACUUUGGUUCAGCUGCCUACCUGGAACCUGGCAAACUGUUUUAUACCUUCUGUGGGACAAUUGAAUACUGCUCACCAGAAGUGCUGUCUGGCAAACCGUACUGUGGCCCUGAGCUGGAGAUGUGGUCACUUGGUGUCACGCUGUAUACCCUGGUAUUUGGAGAGAAUCCCUUCUGUGAGCUGGAGGAGACCAUGGCAGCUGUCCUGAAUCCUCCUUGGCCUGUGUCAAAAGGUCUCAUGAACAUCAUGGCUGGGCUUCUGCAUCCUGUUCCGGAGCGGCGCACAACUCUCACAGUGUUAGCAGAGGAUCAUUGGCUGAAGCAGCCUGUGAACCUGGGUGAUUAUACCUGGGAAGAGGUAUACGUGUCUGCUGAGACAGAAAGCAGCAGAUUCAGAAACAGUUCUGGUGGGUGCAUACACGAAGACAGGCUCCUGGCUCCUCACGUGGAGAAUGAGCCGUGCUUGAACACUUCUGACUGCGAGCGUGCAGCUCCCCGCCAGGAAGGAGCAGCGGCUGUGGAGUGCCAGGGCUCGGGCAUGGGAAGUCGCUGCAGUCCUUCUCUGCAGCGCUACUAACGGAGUGGUAACUCCCCUACUGCAGGACACAGACAGUCACUCAAGAGCCAACAGGAAUUAAUUGUAAGCGCUUCCAUCUCAUGGGAAGAUUGCUACUGCUUCUCUCUUGCAGACAGAUCUGGUGGCUGGCACCAAGCGGUAGGCAGGGCAGCCCUGAGCUGCUUGGCCUGGGCAUGAUUCCUCUAGGAAAGCUUGUUGCUAAUAAGCAUUUAUUAUUGUUCUUAUGUAGGAUCUGUUUUAAAGUUGUGAGGCAAAGAUUUUAAUGUCAUCUUUAAAUUAUUUGUAACUAUAUUUUUAUGGGCUGGAUUUACUUUUUAUGUGUAGUUUCACUCUUGCUGAAAAUUAAAUGAAUAAAUGCCUUUGUCUCCUUG